UGAAGAUUUACCACUCUAAGUCAAAUGUGUUAUUCAGAGUUAGACUGCACUGUACAGACCAUCAAUGAAUAAACAUGAAUGUGAGGAAUACAGUGUGAUCUCCUGUGAAUGUUCAGCAGCUCUGCAGCUUUAAAUCCCUCCGCUCCUCCCUCUUCUCAAUGACAAACCCGCAGAGCCUCUUGAAUGCUUCCAGUGGAAAUGACAAACCAGAGGCGCUGCACGGGCCAGCAUGUCAAACACUAACAAUAAUCAUGGGCUUUAGCAACGGCAACUCAUCCGACACUCACAUCCUGAGACACUAACGAGGCAUCUUUGGGACAUUUUGUCGGUGUGCGCACGAAUCAAAGUUGGAGCGGGCUCGCCAAAUGGACGUCGAUGGACUGGAAUGAAACCUUCACUUCUAUCGGACUGAAGGAAGGAGGGAAAGAAACCUCUGCAUGUUCAAGUUUCCUGCUCCAACCAGAGGGGCAUCGGUGCGCGUGUGUUGGAUGUUGGUGCGUGUGUGGAAGUGUGUGUUGGAUGCGUGUCUGUGCGUACCCGCAGGACCAGGACCAGGACCAGGAGCAGCGGCGGUGGUGGCCGCGGGAAGGGAAGUUUAGCGCCGUGAUUUUUCUUCUUUCCCUCUAUUCUGUUGUGUUUUUCUUCAUGUCACACCAGGGGACAGGCAGAUUAACGUUUCCCUGAUGAAAAUUGAUCAUCUGCGGAGAGACUCUGUGAUCGUGACUAUGAUGAUGAUGUCGAGUAAGAGCGUGGAGUGGCUGCAGGAGGAGCUGGAGUCCGGGGCCAGCUCUCUGCUGCUGCUGGACUGCAGACCCCAUGAGCUGUACGAGUCCUCGCACAUCGAGUCGGCCAUCAACCUGGCCAUCCCGGGCCUCAUGCUCCGCAGGCUGAAGAAGGGCAACCUCCCCAUCCGCUCCAUCAUCCCCAACAACGAGGACAAGGAGAAAUUUGUAAAGCGGUGCAAGAACGACGUGGUGGUUCUGUACGACGAGGCGACCACAGAGCGCCAGGAGUCCGGGCUGGGGAGCUCCGUGCUGGGGCUGCUCCUGCAGAAACUGCGGGACGACGGGUGCAAGGCUUUCUAUCUGGAGGGGGGCUUCAACAAGUUCCAGUCGGAGUACUCCGAGCACUGCGAGACCAAUUUGGACUGCUCCUGUCCCAGCAGCUCCCCACCAGCCUCCGUCCUCGGCCUGGGAGGACUCCGCAUCAGCUCCGACUGCUCAGACGGGGAAUCUGACCGCGAGCCAGGCAGCGCCACGGAGUCAGAGGGCAGCCCAGUCCCCAACAACCAGCCAGCGUUUCCCGUCCAGAUCCUGCCGUACCUUUACCUGGGCUGUGCCAAAGACUCCACCAACCUGGAUGUGCUCAGCAAGUACAAUAUCAAGUACAUCCUCAACGUGACGCCCAACCUGCCCAACAUGUUUGAACACGAAGGGGACUUCAAGUACAAACAGAUCCCCAUCUCCGAUCACUGGAGCCAGAAUCUCUCUCAGUUUUUCCCAGAGGCCAUUUCAUUCAUUGACGAGGCGCGCUCAAAAAAGUGCGGCAUCCUGGUGCACUGUCUGGCUGGGAUCAGCCGCUCAGUGACCGUCACGGUGGCCUACCUGAUGCAGAAGCUCAACCUGUCGCUCAACGACGCGUACGACUUUGUCAAGCGGAAAAAGUCCAACAUUUCCCCAAACUUCAACUUCAUGGGCCAGCUACUGGACUUUGAGCGGACGCUGGGCCUCAACAGCCCUUGCGACAACCGCUCGACCUCCCCAACGCACGACCAGCUCUUCUUCACCACCCCGACCAAUCACAAUGUGUUUCAACUGGACACGCUGGAGUCCACAUGAAAAUUAGACGGGGGACUGUCCCCUUUUUGAGGGGUCAAGGUGGUGUUGUUACCAUGGUAACAAGCGGCUGCACUGGAGGGAAGCAGCCAGUUUUAAUGAAUGUUUUAGCCUCCCGUGGCUGGUCGUCUGAGAGCCUCGCCACAAAGCAGCGUUGGAGGGGACGGGGGAGGUCACAGAUGCCAUGGUAAAGGGGAAGGGGAGCUUUUUAACCCAGAGGGGAAAACUGACAGACGAUGGCGUCCUCCUCAGAGUUGAUUGAAAUCGAGGGAGGAAGAGCCCCGAUCAACUUGUCUUGUAACAAAGAACCGAGGAGACUUAACUGAGUGAGAAACUGAGCGGGGCAGACAGCUUCAAACAAAGAUAGGAACACAGAAUAAUCUACAGCGCUGAAUUUAUGAGACGACGACGUCCUCUCUGUCUUUCUGUCUCGGCUCCUCGAGCUGAGCUGACUGGUGCCAAGUGGAGAAUCUGGGAUUUACUUGUAGGAAAUCUCGCUCUACUGAAUGUAGAGCUUUAUAAACCAAGGAAUUAACACACACACACACACAUAAACAAAGUAUGUAUGUUUGUACUUUAUGUACUGUAUGUAUGUUAACGUACAUAGCAGAAAAUGUAUGAGCAGUCCUUAACAAAUUCAGUAUGUCUAUAUGCAUUUUUGUAUAUUUUUGUGUACAUUUACGCACACAUCUAUACCUUUAUAUAAAUAUAUAUACGCAUAGAAAUCUUAUCUAUCCAAUCCAAUAAUGGCUUAGGAGAAUGUAAAACUAAAGAAGGGGAAUGGGUGUGGCGACGGCGACAAAGUGAAACGUUGUUGUGAUAUUCCUAGUUGUGUUCUGUUUUGUUUUUGUUAAGUUUCGUUUUUCUUUUAGGUUUGUAAUGACCUAAUGCAGUUUGCACAGUAGUGUAGCCAUUGACUUGUUGGCACUUGGAACCAGUGCUUGGAAGCAGGCAGAUAAAGAGACAUUCAGAGAAGAGGAGUGGAGAGGAGAGGCCAGUCCCAGGCUGCGACGAGUCCCGACAGCUGCACAGUGGAGUGGGGAGGGAGCAGGAACUGGGCCCCCAAGCAAAGGACGAGGUUCAUGGGUUAGAGGGUUAGGACUAGGGCAUGGGGUUAGGAAUUAUCAGUUGAAUUGUGGUUGGGUAAGGGUGAAGAUACUAUAGUAGAUUUGACAUUUGGUCAACUGUUUUCAAGUGCAAGUUCCCACUUCCCACUUCCUUCCCCAUAUGACUGUUCAUCCAGUUGCCUAACAAGAAGUACUAGUUGUUGUCCACCAGCUGUUUUGAAUAUUCUAGCUGUUUGUUUCAUUUCAGUUAGAAACUAAACUCUGAACUUCCUUGGCUAUUUCAUCACAGGAUACUGUCUUAUGUAUGUUUUGCCAAACUCGCUUCUAAUGGCUCUGACUGUUGUACUUUGAGGCAGAGACUUGAAUGAGAGGUCAGGGUUAGGGUUGGUGUUGUGGGAUGCUAAGGCAAUGUUAACAUUUCUGAGCAACUUUUUGGGCAGCUUAUCUGAGCAACCUUGGGCAAUGACGUGCCUCAACACUCUUAUUACCUUACUUCUUUUUGCCCAACAGGAAGUUGUUCAAUUUGUUGUCCUGCCAAAAAAGGACUCUCGGACAAGGGACUGUGAUUGUAAUGUGGUGGGAUUAUGGUGUUGUGGACUGGGACUGGCCUCAGCUACAGACAGCACUUAGCUACUUCAAUAGCUUCACGUCCCUUAACUGCAUUGGAGAAAGUAGAAGGAAGGUCUAUCUGCAAAGGGAUUACCCAUUUCGUCAAAGAAAAGUUUGGGUGUCUGGGUUGAUUCACCCUUAAGCCUUGGGUAUAUUAAAUGAAAGAUACAGUAUAUUAAACACAAUUUUUUAUAUAUAUAAUAUAUAUAUAUAUAUAUAUAUAUAUAUAUAUAUAUAUAUAUAUAUAUAUAUAUCAUAGAGUUAAUAGUAAACAGAUCUAUAUUAUUUUGCAUACCUGGGCAUGCUGUGGUACUGUAUGCUCUCUAAUAGUAGAUGUAACCACGGGUUGGAUGUUGCUUUACCAGGUGGGAAGACGAACGAUGGGGACCGUUUUUUUAACUGCUGUUGCUGCUCAACACAGCGGUACACAGCAUGUGCUUAAGGAGUUUUCUGAGACCCUGUUCACAUCAGAGGCACCUUUAAUGAGAAAGACUUUGGCUGCAGUCGUUGUCCGUUUAAUGUAGGUUUCUUAUUAUGAGUGGAACAACACUGCAGCACUUGGACAUACGGCAAUGUCUGCAGGUACACUGGGCAUCAUACAAGAACAUUUUCAUAUUCUUCUCCUAAAUCUCUCUUAGUUUUCCACUGUGGGAGUUGCUCCUACGUGUAGUCAAAGUUGGAUUCUUCGUAAAUUGGUCGUUUUUUCCCAGUGCCGCCUGUUCAUGAGGGUGUGCACAUCUGUGAGUUGUGAUCAUUAGCACAAUCGACGCUCAAAAAUUGCUAUAUAAGGCUGCCCGUUCUGCUCAGUUUGUGGGCAAGUUUCAUUCAAAAAAAUGUCACUAAGAGUAAAAAGCAGAACGAAUCAGCAGACGAAAACGUAAGAGAUUUUGCAAUAACCUGGAAAAAAAGAAAAAUAGGCUGUUUCUAUGGUUGUCUACGCUGUCAUCGCAGAGCUGUACCAUGACACAAAUAAAGAGGGAAUGGUUUGAUAUGAAAUCAGAUGCUAAAAAACAUCUUGCUAAAGCAAAGCCAUCCCUGAUUUUUAAAGGUGAGGCGGUCUAUAUAGACUGGCUACAGGAGAGGAGGAUGUUAAGCUCGACAGCGACCAGCAUGAACAAUGUUAAUUUUGCAUUAGGUUUUAUUUAAUUGUAUUUAUUUUAAUUGAUGUUCGGUACAUAUUUAAACUCAUAAAGCAUUAUAUUUCUUUCGUUUUUCCCUUGUGGAGAAAGUAGGACUCGUACGACCUGAUCUGAAACACUCUAAAUUCUAAAAAUUCUAAAUACAACAAAAUUGGUGAAUGCGAUGAAUUAGAGAAGUUGUGUGCACAUCCACAAAUCCUCAGUGUGAUAGGUGCUGGAUACAAUAAAAUUGCAAUACCGAGAGUACCUGCACACUGGACUCAGCCCAACAACCGGCCUGAGAAAGUUCUGUAGUUGGUUGUGACAAGUUCUAUUAAAUCACUCGCACAUGAUGCUUAAGAUGGAAUCUGUUUGUACGAGCGGUUCUUGCAUGAGGCCCAUUAUUCAUAGCAAACUAUAGAAAAGUGGUUUCAAAGCUGUGAUGUGGACGGGGUCUGAACAGAGACAAAGAACUGGGUUUCAGAGGGGACAGCAAUUGAAUCUGAACAGGGUUGGUUUUAGCUGGCCUUAUAUAAUCUUUCUAACUUGUUUCUAAUACUGACUGUUCAAUACUCUUUGUAUCUCACUUUAGAAAAACAUUGUGUAAGAAAAAAAAAGAAACGUUUGUUUAUCUGUUAUUUGAAUCAGAACAUGGUAAUAAUAGACAGCUGUCUUUUUACCGUAACGGGUCACACGAGGUCCUCUUUGUUACUCUGCAAUACAUCAAAACACCUUUUUGCAGUAUUUUGUAGAUCCAAGACCUCAAACAUUUUUAAAAUCUUCUUCUUUUGUACUAUAUCUAUUCUAUAUAAUUAUACAAGAUCCAGCUCGAUGUGGCUUGUGGACUGAAGUAACAUUUCACCUGGGGUGUCCAAACGUGUAGUGCCGGCGUGCCCAUUACCAACCUGAAAGAGGCCCUCACUAACACACAUGCACACACAAACACACACACACACACACACACACACACACACACACACACACACACACACUGCUUCACACAGCCAGAGCUGUGGUUCAGCAUGCCAGUUAUGUUUGACAAUAGACGAUUACACCACCCGGCUUUAAUAAUUACAAGGUAUUUUUCCGUCUUGUUUUGAUAUAAUGUGCUCUAUGCUAUUCCUGUGGCCUUUCAAUAUGAAUAUAUAUCUAAGUAUAUAUAUGUUAUGAAUUUAUAUGCAAAAGUUCCUCUCCUAUUAUAGCAUCAGAGAUGAAGAUAAUGCUACCAUGCUUGAAUGGACUUUCCUUGUCUGUAGUCGUAUCCCACAUUCAAUAAGAAAAACGUUGAGGACUUGGUCACUUGCACCCUAGGAUUGAAAUAUAUUUCAGUACGGAGCUUUUCUAUUUAAAAAGAAUAUGGUUGAUUUCAAGCUGCUUUCUUGUGUUUUUGUGUCUUUGUAACAAUGAAAGAGAAAUCUUUUUUUCUCUGUUUGUAAAUUUGCCAGAUCAUGGGAACGGCCGUUUCUGUGUCCUUAAACUUGUAGCUACAUCUUGGUGAGAAUGUGCUUGGGAGGGAAAGACGUGAAUCAGCGAGAGCAGAGGAGAGGCGGCUGCGUUAAAUACAAAGUGAAAGAAAAAGUGAAUGAUUUUAAAAAUGUUACCUCAGUGAGGAAUUUUUCAGGGAUUUUUUUGACAAUGCAUCUUGCAUCAUGUUACAGCUUCAAACACACAUGUUGAAUAGCUGUUUUGUAUUGUGCUGUAAACAGUUUUUUAAAAAGAUGCAAUCUGUCUGUGUAUAAAAACAAGGGGCAUGUUAACCGAGGCAGUUUUACAUUUCUGUCUACUGAAGAAAAUACUGACCCUGUGUAUUGUACAGUAUGGAAACAACACAAGACAUGUUUAUACUGCAAAUAAAUAUUGAAAUAUUUUUUUCUUUAA